CAAUUGUUCCUUGGUAGCAAUUUCCUGAAACAAGAGUCUCUCGGAGGCUCCAUAUGAAUCAUGCUGUGUCUCUAACACCACGACAUCAAUAUCUCUUCAAAACGAUCCUUAACUACACUCACCUGAAGAAUCUUCGCAAAGGGAAAUCUCUCCAUGCCCAUCUCAUCAAGUCCGGCUCCUCUUCCUGCAUUUAUCUCUCCAACAGCGUUGUUAACUUCUACGCCAAGUGCAGCCUGCUGCGAGAGGCGCAUCUCGCCUUCGACGAUAUCCACCACAAAGAUACUGUCUCAUGGAACUGCCUCAUCAAUGGGUACUCUCAAUUGGGUCGCCGGGACUCCUCGUUGGCUGUGCUCAGCCUCCUGAAGCAAAUGAGGCAGCAGGGUACUGUUCCCAAUUCCCAUACUUUUGCGGGUGUUUUCUCUGCUGCGUCGCAUUUAGGGGACAAAAUUGUUGGGAAACAAGCCCAUUGCUUGGCGGUCAAGUUGAGGGCUUUUGAUGAUGUGUUUGUGGGUAGCUCUUUGAUGAAUAUGUACUGUAAGGCUGGCGAUAUUGGCGACGCUCAUAUGGUGUUUGUAGAAAUGCCUGAGAGAAAUUCGGUGUCUUGGGCUACGAUGAUAUCUGGGUACGCUUCACAAAGGCUUGCUAAGGAAGCUUUGGGUCUUUUUAGGAUGAUGCUGGUGGAAGGUGAGGAUGGGGUGAAUGAGUUUGCGUUGACUAGUGUUCUUAGCGCUUUCACAUUGCCGGAAUUUAUUAGUGUUGGGAAGCAAAUUCAUUGUCUUUCGAUGAAAUAUGGAUUGUUCUCCAUUGUUCCUGUUGCCAAUGCUUUGGUGACUAUGUAUGCAAAGUGUGGUAGUUUGGAUGAUGCAUGUCAGGCAUUUGAGUCCUCAAACAUUAAGGAACCUAUUACAUGGUCUGCUAUGGUCACUGGCUAUGCACAGAAUGGGAAUGGUGAGAGAGCUUUGAAGUUGUUUUCAGAAAUGCAUGUUUGCGGGGUGAUGCCUAGUGAGUACACUCUUGUUGGGGUGCUUAAUGCAUGCAGUGAUGUUGUGGCAGUCAGUGAAGGGAGACAGGUUCAUGGAUACCUGGUGAAAUUAGGAUUUGAGUCUCAGAUGUAUAUUAUGACGGCAUUAGUUGAUAUGUAUGCCAAGUGUGGUAAGAUUGAUGACGCUAGGAGUGGAUUUGAUUGUCUAGGAGAGUCGGAUAUUGUCUUGUGGACUUCCAUGAUUGCAGGCUAUGUUCAAAAUGGGGACAGUGAGAGUGCUAUGAAUAUGUAUUGUAGAAUGAGAGGGAAGGGUAUCAUGCCAAAUGAGUUGACAAUGGCCAGUGUGUUAAAAGCUUGCUCAAGCCUUGCUGCUUUAGAGCAGGGAAAGCAGAUACAUGCUCAUACAGUUAAAUAUGGAUUCAGUCUCACUGUUCCCGUUGGAAGUGCUCUUGCCACCAUGUAUGCAAAGUGUGGAAGCCUCACUGAUGGAGAUCUAGUCUUCACGAGGAUGCCUGACAAAGAUGUCGCCUCGUGGAACUCCAUGAUUUCUGGUCUUUCUCAAAAUGGACAUGGGACAGAAGCUCUCCAAGUUUUUGAGGAGAUGCGGAUGGUUGGUGGAAAGCCCGAUUAUGUUACUUUUGUGAACAUUCUGUCCGCUUGUAGCCAUAUGGGACUGGUAGAGAAGGGCUGGGAUUACUUUAAGAUGAUGUCUGGUGAGUUUGGCAUAGAACCUGGGGUCGAGCACGAUGCUUGUAUGGUUGACAUACUUGGUCGUGCUGGAAAAUUAUAUGAAGCUAAAGAAUUUAUUUUGUCUGCAACAAUUGACCAUGGCCUAUGCUUGUGGCGUAUAUUAUUAAGUGCUUGCAGGAACUAUCGAAACUACGAGUUGGGAGCCUAUGCCGGAGAGAAAUUAAUGGAGUUGGGCUCAUUGGAAUCAUCCGCUUAUGUGUUGCUGUCCAGUAUUUAUUCAGCUCUUGGUAGAGUGCAGGAUGUCGAACGGGUCAGACAUUUGAUGAGUCUCCGUUGUGUAACCAAGGAGCCGGGGUGCAGUUGGAUUGAAUUGAAAACUCGGUUUCAUGUUUUUGUUGUUUCAGAUCAGUUGCAUCCACAAAUUAAAGAAAUACGCGAGGAGGUUCAGAAGCUAAGCAAGUUGAUGAAAGAUGAAGAUUGUGAACUGGAUUAUGAUCUUGUUUUGGAGGGUCUUUAAAGUUAAUAACAUCAAGAAUAUAUCUGGUAGCAUGAGACUCACAUUUUUUUAACGUUAUUGUUGAACAUGCUUCUUUCUAGCCAUUUUCUGUCAUAGCCUGUUGUACAAAGCAUUGGCCAAUUUCCAUACA